CUGAACUUUGGGAAAGUGAGCACAACUAGUGCAAACCGUGGAGACUGGCUAACCGAGGAGGUGGAACUCAACACUAAAGGAGGCAGAGAUGAUCGCAACUAUCUAUGGGUGUCGCUGAAAAUGCGGUCCGAAAACCCAUUUCUGUCCCUGGUCCUGCCCAGUAUACUGAUCAUUGUUUCAGAUGUGGUGAGCUUCUCCUUGCCACUGGGAGGGGGCGAACGUAUCCCAUUCAAGGUUACACUGGUUCUCAGCUUCAUCAUGUUCCUCAUCAUCCUCAACGACCUACUGCCUGGAGGAGGCCAGUGCAGCCCCAUCAUCCUCAACGACCUACUGCCUGGAGGAGGCCAGUGCAGCCCCAUCAUCCUCAACGACCUACUGCCUGGAGGAGGCCAGUGCAGCCCCAUCAUCCGAAAGCACUUCUGUUUCUGUUUGGUCAUCCUGGUGUUGAGCACGUUGCAGUCUAUGGUGCUCACACGCCUGGCUAAGUGUGGCACUCUCUGGCCCUGCAGCCUCUCCAAGUCCAAAGACUCACUGCUUAAAGACACAGACAAUGAAGAGGUAUCCAAAUCUGAUAUUACUGUCAUCAAACUGAAAGCCUCCGAGGAAAAGAAGAAGAAUACAGCCCUCCAGAAGGUGGUGAAGUUUCUCGACAAAAUGGCUGCACAAGAUCAGAAAAAAGCAAGACGCCAUCGCUUUGCCAACAAAGUGGACUUGAUCUGUUUCUGUAUCUAUCUCACCGUCCUCAUCGUUUACGCAGUCCUCAUUUUAUAUUUCUCCUUUGGUUCUUCAUCAUCUCCACGAACAACAGACAAGGAGCCAGAGAUCAUCAGACACCAGUGGAUAACUGAAGUACCCAAAAAGACCGUAGCUGUCAUACUGACAGAGACUUGUUAA